CCUAAAAGGAACAAAUAUUUCUGUUUCUUUUCCAUCAAUUCCCCUCUUUUUUCAUUUCAUUUUUUUGGUUCCAUAGUUUAUUUUUAGGUGAAUUUUGUGGAGAAAAGAAUAUUUUCUCAAAAAAGUAUUUUUAAGAGAAGUGGUUUCUAAAGAAAAGUACUCCGUAUAUGGUACGUUUUCCAAAAUCUCCAUAUAGUUUACAUUGUUUGAUAGCAGAGAUUUAGGGGGGUGUAUUCAAUUGAGAUUGUAUUGGAUUUUUUUAGACUCUAAAAAGUUAGUGAAUUUAGAAAGUCAAUAGAUUCCAUGUAGAGUUUGUCCAACUUUUUUAUUGAUUUGAGAUAGAUUUCAUAGAGUCCAUGGAUUUUUAUUUUGAGGUGCAUUCCCUUCUGGCAAUCCGGCAUAUAGAUUGGGAGCAAAGACUCCAUGCCAGCAAAGACUCCGAUCCGGCCAUGACAGCUGCAAAAUUUGAGAAGACGGAGGAAGAAGAAAGAAACAAGAAGCCAUUAAUGGAGGACAUGAAUUGGGAGCAAAAACUCCAUGCCCUAACCCACAUCAUAACCAGCCCCGCGCCGUCACCGCCGCCGCUCCACUCACAGUACUUCAUCGCCGCCCAAGUCCCCUGCUACCUCAACUGGCACUACCCGCCACUCCUCUACCCCAAGCCCCUCAUCCACCCCAAGUGGGCCCUCUCCUUCUUCCUCAGGAACCUUUCCGUCGGCUCUGAGCGCCCGAAAAACUCGUGGAGGUCAAAAUGCCCAUACAAUGUCCCGCCGCUGGUGGUGCUCGUCGGAGGAGUGGAGGCGGCGGCAUGGGGGGAUGAGGAGAAGAGGAGAAGAUGAUGGAGCACGAGAGGAGAAGGCAAAAGUUAUAAGAGAACUGAUAAAAAAAAUACUUUUGUUUGUCUUAUAAGAGCUUCAAGAUUGAUCCCCCGAAGUAUAUUAGCUUCCCUCCAGCCUCUCGUUAACAGAUGCGCUCGAAUAGCUGGAAGUCUGAAACCAUCUCUGUCUUUCUUGACCCAAAGAGUGAAAAGAAUGAAGAAAAAUAAACUUUGAUCUACUGCAGCAAAACUUGCAGUUAUGCCUAUAGAGAAAAGUAUGCAAUAUGUAAAACCUAAUUAAGAGAAAAAACACAUGAAACAUCCCAUUCCAUCUGUACGUAUGAGAAGAGAAGAUAAAUAAUAAUGAUCAAUGGCUUUAAGAGAAGCACUUGAUAUCUAAAUGGCUCAGAAAUAUACGAUAUGAUUUCAACAUAAAGUUUGGUAAAUACUCUGUUAUCUUGUAAAAGUAUUUGUAAAUACAGUUUAUCAUCUAUUUUAACUAAUAACAUUGUCUUGAAAAAAUGACAAUAUGUAUUCGCCUCUGAUUAAUCAAUGGUCUAGAAAAUGCUAUUUGCAUGUAAUCAACUCUUAAGAUUUGC